AUGGAUUGAAAUAGUCCAGUGUCCAGUAUUAUGGGAUUCACUGAAUUCAAUGCUGCUUCAUACUUCAGAGUUCAGACAUUUAUAUGUGCACAACAUGUGCCUUCUAAUUACGAGGCGUCUACUGUUUCUGAAUUUUGGGGUGGCAGCAACAAGGGCGAGGAGCAUGAUCGUGACACAGAGAUGGGCAAGUGCAGGGAAUGCAGGCAGCGGAAAGUUGUUGCGUUGCGGUUACCAACUACAGGGCCAAAUAUGUCGCCAGCCAUCCGCGCAUUAACUAAUUUAUGGCAGUGCUUUUGCUGGAGAUGGAAAUUCAUAGAGAUGACGCCCUAUUGAUAGAGGCGAGUGGACUGGAGGUGUGCGUUGCACUGAGGGCAAAUCAAAGGCUGAAAGUUUGUCAAAUUUCCUGUGCUUGGGUAUGGCUGGUUUGUAAGCAAAUGAGGAUACUCUGCCUUUUUACAGUGGUAUAUUGUUUAGUGAGGGGAAGGUACUCUCUUUUUCUAGACGGAAGAUCAUCUGCUUUGUGGCAAGGGGAUAUAUCGUGUUACU